AUGGGAACGUUCACUAUAGCUUUAGCAUGGAUUUCGUUGCUGGUGAUAAGCACCAGCACGACCUCGAUCAGCUUACGUAAUUUGAAACUCGAUCCAACCAAUUCAACCGACACAGACACAGCGCCGAAAAAUCGUACGAGCCGUCAGUUUGCAGCUCCCUGUCCCUACCAAAAUAUGUUUGGUGGUUCGUUGUGUUCUGCCGGAGUCCAACCGAUUUCGAUGCUUUGCCCAGCCGGUAGCGUCCUAGAAAACGGACAGUGCGUCGUCCGCCAGUCGUACUGCCCGGGAGGUUUUACGCUAGCGGGAAAUACUUGCGUUGGGGCAACUACGUGCCCAUCGGGAUAUUCUCUUUCCAACAACAUGUGCAAUCGUCAGCCGAUCAAAGUUCCGGACAUUUGCACGAAGAAUACCGCAUUGCCCACAUGUCAAGCAGGGUAUACUUUCUCCAAUGGUCAGUGCGUAAAGCAUGACGUUCAGAGUUCAGUUAUGAGAAAUAAGACAUCAUUGAUCACGGCUUCCGCGCGUUGCCCUGAGGGAUACCAAAUAGACGGACAGAACUGUUUGUUUUACGAGCGCAGACCAGCCACAUGUGCACAAGGUGAGUUGCGAUUGGGAGAGUGUGUCGUUCCGGCGGUAUGCCAACCACCAUACACUAUGGAUUCAUUCGGUCGAUGCGAGCAAUCCAUCCAGCAACCGUCAGCUUGUCCUCCUGGAUCACGUUUCAUCAAUGGCAUUUGUCAGUACGGCGCACCCACCUGUCCACAAGGCUAUAGAUUUUCCAAUAGACAGUGCAUACUGGAGCGGACGGUUUCGGUUCAGUGCGCCAAUGGAACCAGUAUGAUAAACAACUACUGCUUUGUUUCCGAAGCCAAAUGUCCAACAGGCUACGAAUCACGCAAUAGCCAAUGCGUACAGGUACGGUACGAUCAGCUACGAUGCCCUGCCGGUAGCACUAUUCGGGAUAAUGUCUGUGUAGUUCAAGAGGUUAGCUGUCCAGCUGGCUACGAACAGAAGGACAGCCGUUGCAGUCGUUUCGAGAAACAACCCGUAAUUUGUCCUUAUGGAUCCAGUUUGCGUAACGGUGUUUGUGUAUCAGAGCAGGAGGUUUGCCGAAGGGACUAUACAUAUGAUGAACGAUAUGGAAGAUGCAUGAAGUAUGAUCAGCGACCUGUAUCGUGCCCGGCUGGUUUUACUUUGCGAGGAGAAGAGUGUGUUACCUCUGUUAAUUGUGAUAUGGGAUACAUUCUACAGAAUGGAGAAUGCAUACGAAUGGAAAAAAGCAGUGAGAAAUGCCCCAUGGGAAGUCAAUUGAGGAAUGGAAUGUGCAUCACAGCUCAACCGUCUUGUGAAGUUGGCUACCAGUUCGAAAAUGGAGUAUGUGUCAGGCAUGAUCGGAGACAUCCUGCCUGCCCAAAUGGAUCUCAAUAUAUAGAUGGUAACUGCCGACUUCAGAAUGUUGGAUGCCGCCCACAGUACAGGCUUCGAGACGGACAGUGCGUUCUAGAGACUUCCAUUCAACCUAGAUGUCCAUCGGGAUAUACGUUUUUGAGAGGCUAUUGCUUGACAAGACCUUACUGUGACAGUGAAUACACCUUGCAAGGCGGACUUUGCCGAAAACAAAUUUUUCAAUCGGUGAUAUGCCCAGCAGGGUCAAAUCUACAGGACGGCGUUUGUGUUAGUAACGACUUCGACUGUAUCACUGGCUUUGAAAUGCAUAAUAAUAUGUGCGUUCGGAGGCAUACAACGUCCGCAACCUGUUCCGGUAAUGCGGAAUUUAGAAAUGGUCAAUGUUUGAUUAAGACAACUCCAUCGUGUCCGUUUGGGGCAGCAUUUUCCAAUGGCAUGUGUACCACAGUCCAAACAAUUGCACCCACCUGUCCAGCAGGGUACUCCUACGCAAAUGGGAUGUGCCAUGGAACGAUGGUUUCAAACGUUGCACAACAGGCACCAUCGCCUUGUAUUACUGGUGUCUGCAACCAACAACCAUGUGGUUACAACAACUAUUUAUGUGGUGCCCAACAAAACUGUGGAUCAUGUGGACAAACUCAGCAGGCACAGUACAUCACCACUACUCAAGCGGCCGUAUGUCCUGCUGGCUACGUGUCCGCAAACGGAAUGUGCACUCGUCAACAGACUAUUCCUAAACAAUGUCCACCUUCGCAUACCAUGCAAGACAAUGAAUGCGUCUUAUAUAUAGCCCCAGUCUGUGAACAUGGCUCUGUGAUGGAGAAUGGACGCUGUGUUCGAUUAGAACAGAUGCCACUAAGCUGCCGAGCAGGUUUCAUUCUACGAGACAACCGGUGCGUCUACAUGAGUCCAGAAUGUGGUGUUGGUUUCCACAAUAUUGGUGGAAAAUGUACUCAAGCGCACGAAGUUCAACCCCGUUGUCCAUCUAAUCACAAACUACUGAAAAACUUUUGUGUUGCUCAAGCAGAAUGCUCUUUUGGAUAUGAGCUGCGUGAAAAUGCGUGCUAUAAGAUCGAAUACGAAGCUCCACAAUGCCCUCCCAACUUUAUGGUCCUGGAUGACUAUUGUGUUACGACGAUUCAAUGUGAACAUGGAUACAGUUUUGAAAAUCAGACCUGUACUAAGAGUGAGCAACGUUCGGUCAAUUGUCCACCAGGAUCCCGGCAUUUCGACAACUUCUGCAUUGUUCCUGGUCCCGCUUGUGAUCCUGGUUUUAGUUUGCAAAAUGGUGAAUGUGAACUUAUGAAACGGAAACCAAUCGUUUGUCCUCCCGGAAGCUUCCUCCAGCGUGACUUCUGUGUUGUGCAAGCUGUCUGUAAUCAAGGCUACCAGAUGAUAUCUGGACAAUGUACACGCCACGAGCUAGUUCCCACACAGUGUCCAUCCGGCUUUUAUGUUGAAGGUAAUAGAUGCACCUCCAAGAGAUUGACCUGUCCGAAUGGUUUUAAUCAAGAGGGUGCAGAAUGUGUCCGACAUAACUACGAAACUAUGACAUGCCCCGCAGGUACAACGUAUCGUAAUAACCUCUGUAUAAAGGGUCAACCUUCGUGUGAUUUUGGAUUCAAAGAAGAAAAUAAUCGGUGUGUGAGGUACUCAUACCAAACGGUACAAUGUCCGCCAGGUGCAAUUAUGAUGGAAAAUCGUUGUGUAAUGAAUCCUACCUGUCCAACCGGUUAUCGAUUUUCCAGAGGUCAGUGCAUACAAAUCCAGUAUGCAUCAAUGACCUGUAAGGAAGGUACUCUAUACAAUGGCAACUGUAUGGCUCCUGGCCCCGACUGUCCGGUUGGUUACCAUUUUUCGGAAGGCCAAUGUACCAAGAAAGAUCACAUCAAUCCAACAUGUUUAUCUGGAGGGAAACUUCAGCAGAAGUACUGUGUCGUAGGCACUCCUAUCUGUCCAAUCGACUUCAAGCACACCAAUGCCAUGUGCUUGAAGAUUUCUACAGCAACCGCUACCUGUCCACCCAGCUACACUAGCCGUGAUGGUCGGUGUGUUUCUGAAGUCCACUCUUUCGAUUAUGUUUGCAAUGCCGAAUACACUCUACAGGGUUCUCAGUGUAUGAAGACUUUGUAUGCUGCAGCCUCGUGUUCGGCCGGUUAUACUCUACAAGGAGGAAUUUGUGAAAGUGUAACCUGUACGGCUGCUCCGCAACCACAAGCCAACGUUCAACAGUUUGUUGCGACUGUCUCAGAAAUAUCCUCUCUUCCUAGCAGCUCCUAUACGAAAGUCUCAGAAACGUCCUCCUUUAAUAGCAGCUCCUAUGAAGCAGUCUCAGAAGUAACCCAUGGAACGAAUACGGAAGAACAAAUCUUCACUUGCACAGUGUAUUCACCAAAGAUUUGUACCAACAAUGAUGACGUAUGGGAUUGUACACAUGAAGUGUUUUCUUAUGUUCGCAGCCGCUACUGCGUGGAAGACAAUGCAAGCCUGUAUCUGACUCUGGACGAAACCAGCUACGAUGACGAGAGCAAGAUAUUGAUCAUGGCUGCUAAGGGCACUGAUCAAUACGUGGAGGAGUAUGAUGAAGACUACAGGAGUGAAAUUGAUUGUUCCGGAUGCACCUAUGGAGAAUACAGCUGCUCGAAGAGUUGCUACGAAUACGAAUGCGAAGAGUGCAGGUUCAUCAGUAUGCGGGACUUCUGCAGUGAUCAUCCUAAGCCCACUCAAGGUUGUUCCAUUGGUGAGGGAUGUCGAGGAGACUUCUUUGAACAAGUCGCCGAGGAGGCGACCGCGAACCCGUUCGCGAAGGGAGGUCUACCCAGAUCUCCCGAACACAGAGAGCCGAACAAACGGUCGAAAUCUCCGCGCGAUGCAGAGACAACGGCCGGGAUCGGUGGACAGCCGGAAGAGCAGCCGAAGGACUGGCCCGGGCUAAUCAGAACUAUGAAUAGCUUUGGGCCCCUCCCUAGGCUGCUGGCAAUCGCGGGACAACUCGACGCCAUAAUUGAGUUCACGAGUACGAAGAGCAACAUCGCGAAGGACCUAAAGCAGGCCUUGCGACAGCUCCGUGCAAACGUGAACGAGGCCCAGGACGACCACGAGCGGCUCAGGAAGCGACUAGAGGUCGCAGAGAGGGCGGAACAGAAGGAACCGAAGUCUACCCAGACGGACGCCUUCAACUUCGCGGGCAACAAUACGAUGUCCAGCGAGGCCCUCCACUUUGCCGUUACGCAGGGACAGAAGCGUAAUCGACCCUCACCUUCGCCAGUAAAGGGCGCAGCACGCCCUAAGAGACGGAAAGUCUCUGUGCAGGUGGAGAGUGCGGUGGUGGACGUACCGAAGAAGAGGGCUGGAAUAGCCAAUAGAAAUACUGAGAAACCUAGCGGCUCCAAGGGCGGGAAGCAGGGCGGUAAGAAGGGUACCCCCCCGAAACCCCCGAAACCCCCGAAACCCCCGGACAAAACUGCCCCCAAGAGCAGUGCUGCCCGGACCAGGAACAAGGGCGAAGCUCUCAUCCUCAAGACGGACGCGUCGAAAUACGCGGAAGUCUUGAAGAAAAUGAGAACGGACGAGCGCCUUGUGGAGAUGGGCAGUAACGUGAGGAGCAUCAGGCGCACUCGUACAGGCGAGAUGCUCCUGGUGCUCAAACGUGGUGCUAAGGACCAGGGACCAACCUACCAGAAACUGGCAAAGGAGGUUGUUGGUUCUGGGGUGCAGGUGAAGUCGCUAGGCUCGACUAUCACCAUCCAGGUCAAGGACCUGGACGAAGUGACGGAGGCGACCGAGAUAGUCACGGCGCUCCGGGAACAGUGUCAAGUCGAGGUACCGCAAUCAGCGAUUACCUUGAGGAAGGGCCCGUUCUCCACCCAAGUGGCUACCAUCAGGCUCUCUGCAGCUGAGGCCAGAAAGGCGGUAGCCGCAGGGAGGGUGCGAGUGGGCUGGUCGGUCUGCCCCGUCAGUAUUCCCCGACCGGUGACGGCUUGCUUUAGGUGCUUCGGUCAGGGCCAUGUGGCCCGUGACUGCAAGAACACCGACAGGAGCAAGCUUUGCAGAUGGUGGCCCCCGCUGCCCGGGGUCCAAGAGCAAUGCUGCUAA